ACAACCUGGUAACUUCUCCAUCUUUUCUUGCAAAUUCCUCAUAUGUCUUUUGCAUUUAAUGAGACACAUAUAACCUCUAUUUACUACCAUGUGGGCAUUCUAGUUCCCUGAUCUAAAACUAAAAACCCACUCUAGGGUUUCAUUUCAUUUUCACAAAUUCCCUCACUUUUACCCAACUUUUCUCUUCCUAAAUCACCCAUCUUUGUCACAAUUUGUCCAUAUUUGCUGUUUGUGGAUCUACUGUUGUUUAAGUUAAAAUGGUGUCAAGAUCAUACUCAAACCUGUUAGAUCUUGCCUCCGGCGAGUUUCCAUCAUCGUCGUUCACCCGUAUGACCCGACAAAUUCCCCGUAUUAUGACCGUUGCCGGCAUAAUCUCCGACAUAGACGACGACCGGUCCGAGAGUGUAUGCUCGGACAUAUCAUCAUCCUCAGUCCAACACGACCGUUUGAUCAUCGUAGCCAACCAACUCCCAAUCAAAGCUCACCGGAAAACCGAUGGUUCUAGAGGUUACACUUUCAGUUGGGACGAAAACUCACUUCUAUUGCAGUUAAAAGACGGUUUAGGUGACGAAGAUAUCGAUGUUAUAUACGUUGGUUGUUUGAAAGAAGAUAUUCAUCCAAAUGAACAAGAUGAAGUUUCUCAAACCCUUUUAGAAACUUUCAAAUGUGUGCCUACGUUCUUACCACCCGAGUUGUUUACGCGGUUCUAUCAUGGGUUUUGUAAGCAACAUCUAUGGCCUCUGUUUCAUUACAUGUUACCCUUGUCACCGGAUCUCGGUGGUCGGUUUAAUCGGUCGUUAUGGCAAGCUUACGUGUCGGUUAACAAGAUUUUCGCUGAUAGGAUCAUGGAAGUGAUUAACCCGGAAGACGAUUUCGUUUGGAUCCACGAUUACCAUCUCAUGGUGUUGCCAACGUUUUUGCGUAAACGGUUUAAUCGGGUUAAACUUGGGUUUUUCUUGCAUAGCCCGUUCCCAUCAUCCGAGAUUUAUAAAACUUUGCCUGUUAGAGAUGAGUUGCUUAGAGCUCUGUUGAAUUCGGAUCUGAUCGGGUUCCAUACUUUCGACUACGCGCGACAUUUCCUUUCAUGUUGCAGUCGGUUGUUAGGGAUUUCGUAUGAAUCGAAGCGGGGGUAUAUAAGUUUGGAAUAUUACGGACGAACGGUUACCAUCAAGAUUCUACCAGUCGGUAUUCAUAUGAACCAGCUUCAAUCCGUGUUGAACCUUCCGGAAACCGAAUCGAAGGUUUCCGAGCUCGUUAACCAGUUUCAAAACCAGGGGAAAACGAUGUUGUUGGGUGUUGACGAUCUCGAUAUAUUUAAAGGUAUUAGCUUGAAGCUUCUAGCAAUGGAACAACUAUUGAUUCAACAUCCCGAGUGGCAAGGAAAAGUCGUGUUGGUACAAAUCGCGAAUCCCGCUAGAGGAACCGGAAAAGACGUAAAAGAGGUCAAAACCGAGAGUUACUCGACAGUCAAACGAAUUAAUGCGACAUUCGGUAGGCCCGGGUACGACCCCGUUAUUUUAAUCGACGAGCCGCUUAAGUUUUACGAGCGCGUGGCGUAUUACGUAGUGGCGGAAUGUUGUUUAGUGACGGCUGUGCGAGACGGGAUGAAUCUUAUACCCUACGAAUACGUUAUCAGCCGUCAAGGAAACGAGCGGCUCGAUAAGGUCCUAGGUUUACAACCUUCUACACCGAAAAAAAGCAUGUUGGUUGUUUCCGAGUUCAUCGGUUGUUCACCGUCUUUAAGUGGCGCGAUUCGGGUCAACCCGUGGAACAUUGACGCGGUUGCAGACGCGAUGGAUUGUGCGUUGGAAUUAAGCGAGGCCGAGAAGCAGCUGCGACAUGAAAAACAUUAUAAAUACGUUAGUAGCCAUGACGUCGGAUACUGGGCUCAUAGUUUUUUUCAAGAUUUAGAACGAACGUGUAAAGAUCACGUGAGAAGAAGGUGUUGGGGGAUUGGAUUCGGGUUGAGUUUUAGAGUGGUUGCGUUAGAUUUGAACUUCCGAAAGCUUUCGAUGGAACACAUAGUUUCGGCUUAUAAACGAACUACAACACGAGCUAUACUUUUGGACUAUGAUGGUACUUUAAUGCCGCAAUCUUCGAUCGAUAAAAGCCCGAGUUCUAAAACAAUAGAAAUGCUCAACACUUUGUGUCGAGAUAAAAACAAUAUGGUUUUUGUCGUGAGUGCCAAGAGCCGAGAAACGCUUGCGGAAUGGUUUGACGAUUGUGAUAAGCUCGGGCUUGCCGCUGAGCAUGGGUGUUUCCUUAGGCUGAAGCGUGACGAGGAAUGGGAAACCUGCGUACAAAUUGAAGAAUGUGGGUGGAAACAGAACGCUCGACCCGUUAUGACCCUUUAUACCGAGACCACUGACGGGUCAACCAUUGAAGAUAAAGAAACCGCCAUGGUCUGGUCUUAUGAAGAUGCUGACCCUGAUUUCGGAACUUGUCAAGCCAAAGAGCUUCUAGAUCAUCUCGAAAGUGUGCUUGCAAACGAACCCGUUACAGUGAAAAGAGGGCAGAGCUGUGUCGAGGUCAAACCGCAGGGCGUAAGCAAGGGGUUGGUGGCGAAGCGACUGUUGACCACGAUGCACGACAGAGGAAUGAUACCGGAUUUCGUGUUGUGUAUAGGCGAUGAUCGGUCGGAUGAAGAUAUGUUUGAGGUGAUUACUAGUUCUGUAGCUUCAGGGGAAUUGAUUUCUCCAAAAGCCGAAGUUUUUGCGUGUACGGUUGGGAAUAAACCGAGUAAGGCCAAGUAUUAUCUUGAUGACACGGUUGAGAUUGGUCGAUUGAUGCAAGGAUUGGCUUCAGUUUCCGAACAAUCGGUCAAUGUUUUUGCUUUCGAGUGAUGGCGGGUUUACAGUUUACACAUCUAGAAAGUAUGUACAUAUUUUUAUGUUAUGUUGUUUGGCUUGUAAUUGUAAUUUGAAUGGGACGAUGGUGAUUCGCUCUCAACGUUGUUGUUAAGAGUUUACUUUUAGUAGGUUAUACGAGCUUGUAUGAGUAUGAAGUGUA